CUAUCUUCUUGCCCCUACAAAAGGCCAACCCUGAACCCAUCCUAUUUCAUUCCAUACCACAUUCUCUUUUUGAAGGAUUCCCAUUUCGCCUAAUUCAUCUUGUUCAAGAUGAGAGAAAUCCUCCAUGUCCAAGCCGGCCAAUGCGGAAACCAGAUCGGCGGCAAGUUCUGGGAGGUCGUGUGCGAGGAGCACGGCAUCGAUGCCGUGGGGAACUACACUGGCGACUCCCAUGUUCAGCUCGAGAGAGUAAAUGUGUACUACAACGAGGCAAGCGGGGGCCGCUAUGUCCCCCGGGCGGUGCUGAUGGACCUCGAGCCGGGGACUAUGGACAGUCUGCGCACCGGGCCAUACGGAAGGAUCUUUAGGCCGGACAACUUUGUCUUCGGCCAGAACGGGGCCGGCAAUAACUGGGCCAAGGGACAUUACACCGAGGGGGCUGAACUGAUCGAUUCGGUCCUUGACGUUGUCCGUAAAGAAGCGGAAAAUUGUGAUUGCCUUCAAGGCUUCCAGAUUUGCCAUUCCCUUGGAGGCGGGACGGGCUCGGGGAUGGGAACGCUAUUGAUUUCCAAGAUCCGAGAAGAGUUCCCUGACCGGAUGAUGCUGACCUUCUCGGUUUUCCCCUCACCCAAGGUAUCCGACACCGUGGUCGAGCCGUACAACGCCACGCUCUCCGUGCACCAGCUCGUCGAGAACGCCGACGAGUGCAUGGUCCUUGACAACGAGGCCCUCUACGACAUCUGCUUCCGGACCCUCAAAUUAACAAACCCAAGCUUUGGAGAUCUCAACCAUUUGAUCUCAACCACCAUGAGUGGCGUCACUUGCUGCCUCCGGUUCCCGGGCCAGCUCAACUCUGACCUCCGCAAGCUCGCCGUGAACCUGAUCCCAUUCCCGCGCCUCCACUUCUUCAUGGUGGGUUUCGCCCCGCUGACCUCCCGGGGUUCACAGCAGUACCGCGCCCUCACAAUCCCCGAGCUCACGCAGCAGAUGUGGGAUGCCAAGAAUAUGAUGUGUGCUGCUGACCCAAGGCACGGCCGGUACCUGACUGCCUCCGCCAUGUUCCGGGGCAAGAUGAGCACCAAAGAAGUGGAUGAGCAGAUGCUCAAUGUCCAGAACAAGAACUCGUCCUACUUUGUCGAGUGGAUCCCAAACAAUGUGAAGUCAAGCGUGUGCGACAUCCCGCCAACGGGGCUGCGCAUGUCGUCGACAUUCAUGGGGAACUCGACGUCGAUCCAGGAGAUGUUCCGGCGCGUGUCGGAGCAGUUCACGGUGAUGUUCCGGCGCAAGGCCUUCCUCCACUGGUACACAGGGGAGGGCAUGGAUGAGAUGGAGUUCACCGAGGCCGAGAGCAACAUGAACGACUUGGUCUCGGAGUAUCAGCAAUACCAGGAUGCUGUGGCUGAUGAAGUUGAGGAUUAUGAUGAGGAUGAAGUUGCGGAGAACUGAUUAAACAGGGGAAAUUUAUCUAUCAUGACGCCUUUUUUGGCUAUAUACGUGAGUAUUAUCGGAUUUUUCGUGUGUUCAUUGUACCGUCUGCAUGAUUGUUCAUAUGUACAAUAUGCAUAUUUCAAAAGCGUCUAAUGAUUUCGGCGAUGAGAGGAGCUCAAUAUGGAGCUGCCGGUCCAUGUUGCGGAUUGUGAUUUGAGGAUCUAUUUAUAUAUAAUUCAAAUGUCAAAUGUAUGUGAUUAAUGUAAA